GGCAGCGGGGGGUAGCGGAUCGCGUGGUCUUUGGCUGGGUUGGGCUAUCGUGUUGAUGGGACAAGAGGCGGAGGGGCAGGGGUUGGUGCCUCGGUUUGACAUUGACAGCCUAUCUCGCUCUCUCACCUUGGCUUUCGCAUCAGAUCAAGUACCGCAGGCAUUUGCCAGGAAGCAGUGCCAUGGCUGGCCUCAUGUCGCGGCUGCGCGCGGCGCGCGGUGGGGAUGGCCCGUCCGGGGCUCAGCUGCACUCCGAAGCCGGUCGAGCGGCGCUCUUUGACACGGCCCUGAGCAAGCUCUACAAAACCAUCGACCAGAUGCAAACCAAGCGUGUCCACCUGUUCAACCCAAUCAAGACGGCCGAGGAGCAGCUGCAACAAAUCUAUCUUGUCCUUGAAGCCGAGGAGGCCAGCAUCCACGAUGGCAUGACGGGCGCCUGCCUGCAAUACCUGCUCACCUCACAGCGCUUGCACAACAUUGCCAAGGGUUUGCUUGGAGACCAACCCCUGGGCGCACGCCUCGUCUGGCUUAGCUUCAUACUCCAAGUGCUCAGUCACUUGAAACACCCUCUGCUUAUCCACGCCGAGGUCCUCGAAGCCCUGAACAGCACCAUCAAGGUCCUACGCCGUGAUCAGCGUCGCUUGGCCCUGGCCGAAGCCAACAUUUAUAUGCAACUCUUGCUGCGCCUUACCGAGUACCUGGAACGCAAUCCUUCAUGUCUCCCCCUUUUUCUGGAGGAAAAGCCCCAGCCGGCAUUCCCCCUCCUUGCCGCGCUCAUGCCCUUUGUUCAGCAUCAUACCGACGAAGGCAAGCUUGCUCGUAAAGCUGUCGUGACUUGCUGCCAACUGGCCAAUCACAGUCAACAGCUUGAGCAGUUCCUCCUGCGCCAUGAGAUCUUCGCCGCAGAAGUCGCCGGCGCCCUCGCCGGCGCUUAUUCCAAUCUCCCCAUGUCCCUGCCUGCGCGGAGUCGGAAGGCCCUGAAGGCCUGGGCCUACGGUGCCAAGGCCUUUUCGCACCGUGUGCCCCGCGCCGCGCACUACUUUAACGCCCUCACCUUUUGUGGUCAGGUUGUGCGUGCCGUGCCCUCCUCCGUGCGUGGCCUCAUUCUCGACCAAGUCUACCACGGCUUUAUGCUCAGCGUCUUACUCCCCUCGCUACACCACCGCGCACCAGAAGAGGCGGUGGCCGCCAUGAACUACUUGCGCAUCAGUCUCAGCAGAACACGUAAUACUCCCUUGCAGGGAGCCUUUCUUCGCUUGUUACUGGCUAGCCAAUUUGAAGGCUGCUGGACUUUGGACCGACUGGUCGAGCGCCUCGAAACUCUUGGCGAACAGAGCCUCACGGCCCUCAGUCUCUUCCAGGCUCUAAUCCGCCUACACAAUGAGGACGUCCUCCUUCGCCUGUGCCUACGCUUUGUUCACCGCCCUCUCGCACGCGCCGCUGCCGCCGCCUCUCGCCCGCCAUACCCGGGCACCCUCAUGCCGGCUGACUCGGGCUGCAACAGCGAGCCCGAGUCCGACAUCGGCACUGGCACUAGCACGAACACGGGCGCUGCCAAUCACACUGGCGCUGGCACCGACACAAGCACCAGCGUACAUGCCGACAAAUCCAACCGCGUUCAACUGCAAGGUGGCACGCAUCCAAACGGGUCUUCAGACGUGUCUGCUUUUGCGCUGCACAACGCACUCGAGAUGAGGGCUGGGCGCAAGCUGUUACAACUCGUGCCUGCACAAACAGCCAUCUCACCCUCGGAACGAACUUUUGAAGGCUAUCUGCAUGCAGCGUCUCAAGGCGUGGAUGCUGCCUGUGCAGCUUGUGCGACCUGGCGCCUCAGCUACCUUCAGCUUCGUCCCCACCAAUGGCUCGGAAAGGAAGAUUUGGAUAUCGAUGCAGCCACCGUCAAUGAUAAUGCUUCGGCCGUCUCUCGAUGUGAGAGCGAGGGUCUUUUUCUGGCGACCUUGAGUCGCCUGACUCGGCGCAUGCUAGAGCACAACCUGGCAACAAAUCUUCUUCUUUCCAGCAUCGUGUCCAUGCUUGCAUCCUUGCCCGUACCAGCGCUUCGCAAUUAUCUUUUGGAUCUCAACUCGCCCUCGAUCGAGGGUAUCUCGUUCGUUGAGCAGCUGCACGCCUUGCGUGAAGAUUGCCUGCGACUCUUGGCCGAGGAUGAGGGGCUCGAGGCCAAUCUUCACGCCUAUCGCGCUGGUGCCGAGGGGUAUUCUCGGCCCAAGCACAGGGUCAAGGCCCCUUCAACAACAGCACCGGCUUCACCCGCUCGUGGACCUCUAGCCACGUUCCACUCUUCUCGUCGUAGUCGCGAUCGAGCGGCAUCCAUCGUCGCCCUUCCACCUCAUAGUGCUGCCAAUGAACCUGGCGGCGUCAGUACAAGUGCACCGACGCCAGCCAGCCGAGCCUCAGACGCCGAUGGUGCUUCGAGGAGAGACGCUCGUCCAGAAGAACCGACAAUCGACGACGAGGCUGCCACCACUUCCAACGGCGGUUUUGAUGACGGUACCUCCGAGCAAGAUAGCGAUUCGGUCUGCAGCAGCUAUUCAGGAUCAUCCUCGCAUCGAGCAAGCGCCGUCUCUGCUUCUCACCCGAGCACACGCCUCACUGCCGCUGCGCUUGCCACUCUGGAUCAAGAGCGCCCACCGCUCCCCAGCCCAGCACUUGGGGCCACCACGGACACGGCGCCCAGCGUUAGUGCAGUUGGGGACGAGAUCAAGGACAGCAAGCGCCGUGCGCUCAAAGUCUUGAUCGUGCAAGAGUUUGUGAAGGAGCUGGCUGCUUGUGCCAUGGAACAAAGCUUGUUGGCUGUGGCCAUGUAG